UAAUUUAAAUACCAUUAUGUCGCAGUACCAAGUGCAUGUCCUCGGCUUGUUAUUAGUCAUAGUGUUCACGUCGGUUUUCGAAAGUUCGGAAUCGUCUGUCUUCGACCAGUGUGGUUACCGCCACACAAACUUGACCGCUCAGGAAUGCGUAGGAAAAUUAAUAUUGGAUACGCUGACCAAAGUCGCAGAGGACCCAGAUGAUUUCAUUAAGACGAACGCAUUGGAUAGUGAUGGUGGCUCGAUGCGAUUUGUUAAAUUGAAAUUCGAUAAUGAUUCCAUGAACGUCAAUCAGCAUUACUUAAUUGAAGAGGGAAGAUCGUGGCGUUCCGGAAGCUUAUGGGAUCAAUUAGUGUACGCGUUCAAAAAAUUGACAAACUACAGUAGCGACCACGGGAUUUUAGUGUCCCUACCACAGUGGUCGAGGACAUUUCCAUCUAUAACUGUCGUAGAUGAAAACGACUUUCUCCAAGUAGUCAACGAAGGUCGCGGCAAGCACCCGCACAAGAAGUACGCGCUGCUGUUCCCGCUGCUGGCCACAUUCAAGUUCCUAGUGAUCAAAGCGCUGCUGGUGCCCAUCCUGGUGUCCGUGAUGAUCAUCAAGAAGAUGCUGGUGCUGGGCGUCAUGGCAUUGCCUACGUUGCUGACGAUGCUGCGGUUCUGCCGGAACCCCAACUUCCCGGGCUUCGGGUUCGGCAAUCUAAUGGCCGCGGGUACGGUGGGCCCGGUCGGCCAAGCCGCGGCUUUCGCUCCGCUCACCGCCGACAUGUCCGGUGACUAUUCCACGUACGUGCAGCAGUCAGCCGCUGCGUCCCAGCAGAACAACGCGUACAAGGACUACUCUAAGAACCUGAUGGAUGCCAUGAAGGCGACGUAUCGUCGGCGGCGAUGAAGGGCUGACGAGACGUGCGGCAGCAGCGCAUCGUCUUCCGCACGACCCCGACACGUCUUACUUCUUGCAUACAUCUUUGCCGCACUCCUUAUACACCGCACUACAAAUACUACUGAACCGCCCGUCGCUCACUGCCACUGUCUUGUCGUCGGACACGAGCAGGUGCCACUCAAGUUUCGACGAGCUACAAUCAUCGUCGUUACAAGGUUUGCGUUCGUCGCGUUGCCGAAUACCACCAGAUAGCCGUUCGAGAAACUUCUUGG